AUGAAAACCACCCUUAUCUUGUGGUUUUAUUUGCUACUACCCUUGUCCCUAUUAAACUUCACUUUCACCAUUAACAUUGUUACUUCCCAAUGUCUUGGCCAUCAACAAUCUUUGCUACUCCAUUUGAAGAACGGCCUCAUAUUUAACCCAGCUAAGUCCAAGAAACUAAUUCAUUGGAACCACACUGAUGAUUGUUGCCAAUGGAAAGGUGUAGCUUGCAGCACCAAGGGAAAUGUUAUUGCUCUUGACAUAAGCCAUGAAUUCAUCACUGGAGGAAACUUAACUAGUCUCUUCAAACUGCAAUAUUUGCAAAAUUUGAAUUUGGCUUGUAAUGAGUUCCACUUUGGAAUUAAUUCCGAGUUCAAAAACCUGAAGAAUCUCAGGUAUUUGAAUUUGUCAAAUGCUGGUUUCAUGGGACAAAUUCCAACUAAAAUCUCUCACUUGUCCAAGUUGGAAACUCUAGAUUUGUCUACCACAUUCACCUCAUCAUCACAACAUGGUCUAAAACUUGAGAAGCCAAACAUUGUAGAGUUUGUGCAGAACUUUACAAGAAUGAAAGAACUGUAUCUAGAUGGUGUUGCAAUUUCAGCCAAAGGAGAGGAGUGGUGCCAUGCUGUGUCUUCCCUACAAAGUUUACGAGUUUUGAGUAUGUCCUCUUCCAAUCUCUCUGGCCCUCUUGAUCCUUCAUUAACAAAGCUUCAAUCUCUCUCAGUACUUCAACUAGACCAUAACAAUUUGUCAAGCCCAGUUCCUGAUUACUUUGGGAAUUUGUCUGGCUUAAACACAUUGCAGCUCAGAAGUUGCGGAUUGAGUGGAGUUUUUCCAAAAAAUAUCUUUCAACUACCAUCACUUCAAGUUCUUGAUGUGUCUGAUAAUCAAGGUCUUCAUGGUUCCUUACCAAACUUCCCAAAUCAAGCAUCUCUCAGUCACUUGAAUCUUAGCCACACAAAUUUCUCAGGUCCUAUACCAGAUUCUAUUGGCAAUUUGGAACAUUUUUCUACACUAGAUUUGUCCAAUUGCCAAUUCAAUGGGACACUUCCCAAUUCAAUCUCAAAUCUUGCCCAACUUGUUUAUCUUGAUUUGUCAUUCAAUAACCUUACUGGUCCUCUUCCAUCUUUCAAUAGGUCAAAGGCUCUGAGAAGCUUGUUGCUUAAUCAUAAUUAUCUAAAGGGUCCACUUCCAUCCACCCAUUUUGAAGGCCUUAUAAAUCUUGUGAGCAUUGAUUUAGGGGAUAACUCUCUAGAUGGAAGAGUCCCUUCGUCUUUGUUUAACCUUCCAUCUCUACAACUACUCUCUCUUUCUAACAAUAGAUUUGAUGGCCAACUUGAUGAAUUCCCAAAUAGCUCCUUCUCAUUAAUAGGGAUGCUUGAUUUAAGUGGAAACUCUUUGCAAGGCCGUAUUCCUUUGUCUAUCUUUCAACUAAAAAGACUCACUUUUCUUGAACUUUCCACAAACAUGUUCAAUGGCACAAUACAAUUGAGUAUGAUUCAAGGCCUGCAAAAAUUAACAACACUUGAUCUCUCACACAACAACUUGUCAGUUGUUGCAAGUGCUAUAGAUGACAAUGGUUUGCCAUUUCCCAAGUUACAGAACCUUUGGUUGGCUUCAUGCAAGUUGGGUACAUUUCCUUCAUUUUUGAGAAAUCAGACCACUUUACUUUAUUUAGACUUAUCCAACAAUCAAAUUGAAGGGAUCAUACCCAAUUGGAUUUGGAGAUUUGAAUUUCUGACCUCCUUGAAUCUUUCUCACAAUUUUCUGACGAAUUUGGAAGGGCCUUUCCAAAAUCUUAGUUCAAAUUUGUUCUAUCUUGAUCUUCAUGAAAAUCAAUUGCAGGGGCCAGCACCCAUUUUCGCCAAAAAUAUUGUUUCUUUGGACUACUCAAAUAAUAGAUUCAGUUCCAUUAUUACACCAGCGGGUAAUAUUGGUAAUGCUAUUCCUGGAGCAAUCAGUAUAUUUCUAUCAGACAACAGUUUUCAUGGAAAAAUUGAUGAAUCCAUUUGCAAUAUUUCAACUCUUCGAGUGCUUGAUCUUUCACACAAUGACUUUGUUGGAAAGAUUCCUGAGUGCUUGACAGGAAGGAGGAGUAGCUCUCUGAAACUACUGAGUCUUGCUGGAAACAAUCUCAAUGGCCAAAUUUCUGAUACAUUCUCAACUUCUUGUGCUCUAAGGUUUCUAGAUCUCAAUGGAAAUCUUUUAAAGGGAACUGUCCCAAAAUCUUUGGCCAAUUGUCAGAAUCUCCAAGUCCUUAAUGUUGGAAACAAUCAAUUAAUGGACGAGUUCCCGUGCUUCUUGAAGAAAAUUUCUACGAUAAGUGUCCUGGUCUUGAGGUCAAACAAAUUUUAUGGACAGAUUGGGUGCUCUAAUGUGAUUGGCAAUUGGGAAAGGCUUCAAAUUGUUGAUGUAGCAGACAACAACUUUAGUGGCAUGUUACCUACAACACUCUUUCAGAGUUGGAAAGCAUUGAUGUCUGAUGAAGAUAUAUCAAGGUUUGACCAUUUGUCUUUUGAUAUUUAUGAUAACAAGAUCAGUUCUGUGAAUUUUGCAGCUAUAACCACAAUUUUAACAAAGACUAGUAAAAUGAAGUUAGCCAAAAUUGUUGCCGUUGAGCCACUUUUUGUGGUAGAUCACUUGCUCUCUCAUGUUUAUGGGGAGGUUACAAGUCUUCGUAGGUAUGAGGCUUCUGUUACCAUUGUAAUCAAAGGUCAAAAAAGGAAGUUGGAAAAGAUUCUCAUUGCUUUCACUUCGUUGGAUUUCUCAUCCAACCACUUUGAGGGGCCAAUACCAGAAGAGAUCAUGAGAUUCAAAGCAUUGCAUGCUCUUAACUUGUCACACAAUGCUUUCUCAGGUCAUAUCCCUUCAACUUUGGGAAACAUGGGAAAUCUUGAGUCCUUAGACUUGUCAAUGAAUUCUCUGAGAGGAGAGAUUCCCAAUGAGCUUGCAAGUUUAUCUUUUCUUGCCAUCAUGAAUCUGUCUUAUAAUCAUCUUGUGGGAAGAAUUCCAACAGGUACUCAAAUCCAAUCUUUUGAAGCGGAUUCAUUCAUAGGCAAUGAAGGGUUGUGUGGGCCACCAUUAACCCAAAAUUGUAGUGGUGAAGGAGGACAAGGACUGUCACAACCGCCGUCAUCUGAAACUACUAACUCUCAUAGUAGUAGUUCAAUUGAUUGGAAUUUGCUAAGUGUGGAGUUGGGAUUCACUUUUGGGUUUGGAAUCUUUAUCAUGCCACUCAUUUUGUGGAAGAGAUGGAGGUUGUGGUACUCCAAGAAAGUAGACGAUGUGCUUUACAAGAUUGUCCCUCAACUUGAUUUUGUAUAUGAACGUCGUGGUGGGAAGAGAUAUAGAUCUUUAAGGUGGAAGCCUUAUUGAUUGUUGUUUCACUUUAAUUUGAAUAAUGAUGAUGUUGUUUUCUUUUC